AUGUAUCUUGCGUUAGUAGACAACCGUUUGACACUCGCCGAUUUUCGUCCGUUGGAGGCUCCCUUUGUGCCAGAAGUGAUUAAAAUGCUGGUGAAUGCUAUCGAGUUUGACUGCCAUUCUUCUGACUGGGAUCAGAUAUUCGCAACUUACGAUAACCUGAGCGAGGUGGCAGACAUGCAUGCGUGUGUCCUCCUGCAGAAUUGGAACCAAGAGAACCACUUAAAACAGCAAAUUACAACUUUCUCCUUACCCAUGAAGAUAACUGUCCUGCGACGUAUACUGUCGGGGUUUAAGCAGAAACCCCUUCAUUUCAGUCGACGUCUGCUGAUGGACAUAAUUCAGAGGCCGCUGUUCGAUCAGUUCCUUCGGCCUAACCCAAAUAUGAAGUCUAUCAUCAAACGCGCAGUCCUUCCCUGUAAUCGCACCACCAUGGACACCUUGUCUUUUCUCAUGCUCCACCUGCUUCAUGCCUGGGAGUAUGCGUCCAAUCCACUGACAGCAAAGUUGAGACUGUCAAAAAUCUACGGCCCCCUACUAGUGAGUUUCGCUGAGCGACCGGUUGUACUGGAUCAAGACCCAAGUGACUUCAAGACCGAGGAGAGCGCCAUUCUGGAGGUGGUUCUCGAGGAGUGUAACGGCCAAUUCUGGGACAAUUUGGGAAUGUCGCAACUGCGAAGGGCCUUUAAAAGCAGGACCAGGCUCGAAAAGACAGCUAUUGAAAGAGGGAGACUAAGUGUGACCGAGGCGGAUGAACAGUCGGACGUGGAAAAGGAAGCUUGGUUUACAUACCUCAUUUGCCAGCAGAAAGAAACGGUCAGAGAACACGCUGGGGAAGGCGAUAAGGGUCGGAAGGCAUCGAAAGAAAGGAAAAAGUAA